CCUGUAGGCUGUAUGUCUACUCGUCGCUACCUGUAACAUACGUACGUACGCUCCGGAAUUUUUCUUAACAUAUGUUCUCCCUUACCUCCAACUACACUGCCAAACUGUGCGCUGCCUCAACGCUAUCUCCGUCCUCACUCUGUCUAGACAUGCGAUCCUUCAUCCCUCGCACCAAAAGCGCUCCAACCCUCUGGUGCUGACCCGGCCAUAAGCGUCUUUCGUCCGACGUCAUUGCUCGGAGCUGAAAAUGUCAGAUACGUUGGCCCAUUAUAUUUAGACUAUCAGUCGGUGUGCAAAAUGCCUUCUUAAGAGUUAAAUAUCUCUGUUAUCCCUGGAUUAUUCCAUUUUCUUCAACUUUGACACUUUACACAAUCAAUCGGCAACAUGCAUCUCAUUCUCACCGGAGCUACCGGCCUGGUUGGAGCCGGGACACUCGAAGUCAUGCUGAAAACAGAGGCAAUCACACGAAUCUCGAUACUCAGUAGAAGGCCCGUCGCGAUGGUCGAAGGACACGAAGACAAGGCAAAGGUCAUCAUACACAAGGACUACAAGAGCUAUCCGACCGAGCUACUCGAGCAAUUGAAAGAUGCGCAAGGUGUAGUCUGGGCACAAGGCGUCUCGCAGAAUGAUGUCAACAAAGAGGAAUACUUCCAAAUUACCCACGAUUACCCCCUAGCUGCUGCAAAGGCGUUCAGCACGCUACAUCCGGAGUCGCCUUUUACCUUCGUAUACGUAUCAGGCGAAGGCGCAACACAGUCACCAGGAAUAACUACACCUAUCUUUGGCAGAGUGAAAGGGCAAAUAGAGCAAGCAUUGUUCGACUUGGGGAAGCAGACACCGAAUCUGAAUGUGUACAAUGCCCGACCUGGCGCAGUCGAUUGGAGGCACCAUCCCGAGAUUCAUAAGUUUAUGCCGCACCAGGCGUUAUACAAGAAGAUGCUGUUGGCACCCAUAGAUGCAGUAUACAAAUCUAUGAUGACACCAACCCGGUCCUUGGGAAAGGUUUUGACAGAACUAGCAAUGAGUCAGGGGAAGCCGUUGAAAGGGAAGGAUCUUCAAAUGGAAGGUAGAUUGUUGCCGAAUGUUGCUAUCCGGCGACUGGCUGGGUUGUAAUGUUCUGUAGUUUAUCAUCUUUUUGGGGCGUCUAGUUGCAGGAGAUGCAUCCUGUUCAGGGGCACAGUACUGUUUUUCGGGGGUUACAUGUUCGUUCCUGUUUGAUGUGUUUAGUUAUGUAUAUCCAGCAUUGCAUCUUCCAAAAAGGUUGACGGCCAGACAUAGAACGAAGGAUAUAUGUGACAGUAAUUGUAUAUACCUGAAAUAAUAAGAACAGACAAAACCGAGGAACUAAGGGG